AUGGAUUGGAUGUUAUUGAAGCUCACUUGUGGAUUCAUUUGUGUAGACGAAGAGACCAAUGAGAAUAGUCCUUUCGGUUCGAAUUAUAUGCUAGCCACUUCUGGAUUUAUGAUUACGUUGGCAUUUUGUGUUCCUUUGACAUUUUUGGAUUUGGUUGAUAAUAUCAAGGUAAAUGUUUUAGCGAAUUAUAUUGUUUCAAUUUCUCAAAUAUUAUGCUUAUUUUCGGCGAUGACUAAAGAUUAUAUUCCAUUGGUCAGCAAUGAUCAGAGUCAGGUUGUCGGAACAGUAUUAUUUAACUAUGCGUUUAUCACCACCAUUCCAAGCUGGGUUAACGAUCUACGACCUGACGUUUGUAUCAGAAAAUCUAUAUGGUAUUCUGUGGUAAUAAGCACAGCAUCAUACAGUGCAUUAGGAAUAUUAGGAGGAAUGGCAUAUCAAAUGGGUUUAGCUUCAAAUAUUAUAGCACAAAUUAAUGCAUCGUCACAUCUAUCGCAACUUUUGUAUUCCGGUUGCGGUUUUAUUAACGAUCAAAAGCGAAAGGGACAACAUUAUAUCAUAGAAAUUGUUCAUCGGGAAAAAGGUUUAGAAUCGACUCCGAAAAAGGAAAAUAAAACAAAACAAUCAAAUGAAUUUCUUGUUAAUUCAGCAAUUGUAACUCCUUCAUCUCCGAAACUCAAAGUUUCUGGUACUCCUAUUGGUACUAUCAAUGAAAAGACUUCUAGUAAUGUAGAUGUGGUUGAUAAAGAUCAGAAUCGACCAUCACGCGCUAUCAAUCUAGAAAAAGCUCGUCAAAUUCUGGAUAUGCACAUUCUAAAAAAAUUAACUCUUAUCCAUGAUAUUGAUGAAAUCUAUUUGAACAAACCUUCAAAAAAUUCUUUUGUCGCCUUCCCUAUUCAAAGGAAAAGAGAAUAA